UCAUCCAAACAAACCACGCCUCACGCCUGCGCGACAUGUGCUCGGCAGUUUGCCCGUGAGACGACGCGCGUCCGCCAUGGCGCUCGCCCUCGUCUCCCCCUCGGCCCACCGUCUUCCGCGCCCCGCCAGCUCCCCGCCGCUCGGGCGCGCCAGCGCCGGUCUCUCCUUCUCCCCCCUCUGCUCGUCCUCCGGCUCUUGCUCCUUGCAGAGGGCCAGCUCCGCGGGCGGCGGCGGCGCAGGCGGCGCAGAAGACUCGGGGCCCACCUCUCUCGAUGCCGACAUGCUCAGGCGUGUCUCCGGCGCCGCGGACGCCGCUGAGGCGCUGGACAUUGUCGCGGAGUCGGCGGGAGGCACGGGCGGUCUGGACGCGCCCGACUGUAACGCGAUCGUCGCGGCGGCGCUUGACCGGGGCAAUGUUGAGCUAGCGCUCUCGGUGUUCGAGGCGAUGCGGUCCGGCUUCGCGCGAGCUGGGGCCUGGAGGUGGGCGAGGCCGGACGUACGGACUUACGCGCUGCUUGUACAGCGAUUGGCAGCGGGUCUGCGUGUUUCUGAUGCUCUUAGGAUAAUCGACUAUGUAUCCCGCGCAGGCAUAUCUUCGGCAGAGGAGGUCCCGUUUGGGAUGGUUAUUCGCUGUCCAAGCUGCAUGGUAGCAGUCUCUGUUGCACAGCCUCAGCAUGGAACUCAGAUUGUUUCUUGUUCAAAGUGCCGAUAUCAAUAUGAACUAUUUUCUGGAGAUAUCAUGAGUAUUGAGUCUGAAGAAGUCAGCAUGGACAUUUCAGCUUUGGACAAGGCCUUGCGAUUUAUAAAUGUGAUGAAAGACGGUCUUCCAGCUGCUGUGCACUCUAUUGUGAUUCGCACACCUUCAGGAACAGCUCGGACCCAUAGAUUUGCCACACAGACUGUAGAACUGCCUGCUCAAGAAGGAGAAAGAGUGACCAUUUCCUUGGCUGCCCCAUCAAAUGUUUAUCGUGAAAUGGGCCCCCUGAAAAUUUAUGCACGCUCACAAGGGUAUAGAGCAGGAGAACCCAUGUCUCUCACUAAUCACAUCAACAGACAAGUCUCAAGAUUACUAAGAGCUCCAUCAAAGAAUGAGGGACCAUUUGUCUUUAAUCCAUAUUUGUUGGCCGGUGCUCUUGCUUUGCUUGCUUCUGGAGAUGCUGCCUCUGCAUUCAUUGACCCAACUCUCCCUAGACUUAUUACAGCAACUGCUUUUGCAUCAGCAGCUGUUGGAACAACACUAAAUCAAGUCAUCCUGCCAGAGAUUCGAAAGCUUCCACAAAAGACAGUAGAUAUAAUUGCUCUACGGCAACAACUUUUAUCUCAAUAUGACAUGCUUCAGAAUCGUCUCAAGGAUUUGAAACAACUUAUCGAAAAGGAGGUGUGGAUGCUUGCACGAAUGUCUCAGUUAGAGAACAAGAUAUUAGCAGUAGGCGAACCAUCAUAUCGCGCUCGUCGAGGUAGAGUGAAGAGGGUACGUGAAAGCUUGGAAAGUACACUCCUAGCAAAGAUUGAGCUGAUGGAAAGUUAUGCAAAACUGUGUUCUAUGAUUGAAAUUGAAGUCGAGAUGGAUUCAGAUGUUAUUGUUGCUGAAGCAGCAAGCAGUGCGGAAAGGAUAUCAGAACAAAUACAGCAACUAAUGGAGAUUGAUAGUCUUGAAGAGCAAUGGCGUAUACAAGCUGAGGCUAAUGAUGAAGCAGAAAGGCUUCUUAGUUCAGAUUCUUCAGAAACAUUUUCCACUGAGCAUGUAUAGUGGAUUUUUUUGGAUGUUUUAUGGCACUAAAAUGAUAGAGUUGGUUAUUUUCAGAUAUUUUGUGGCACUAAAAUGAUAUCUGAUGUCUGAGCUGCUCCAUCAUUACUGAUCGAUAUUCCCAUCAACUUGCCUUGUCAACAUAAUGGAAGGAAAACUGGAUGGGUACUUAUGCAGUUGCACAGAGAUAUCAUCAGGUUAUUGGUUCAAACUCCCUGAGCCAAUGUAAACACAUUCUGGCUCUGGGAAGACCAACAUAGCAAAUCCAAACGUCAGGUUAUUGGGUCAAACUCCCUGAGCCAAAUUACCUCUGCGCAAAACCUUUGCAAGAAUGUACCCCACUUUGCUGAUAUCGUGUCUUGUAUUCUCGAAUACUGUGGUAUCCUUGUGCUCCACACUGAUUUGUAUGCUUAUGCGUUCAUUAUCAAGUAAUAUUUCCUAGAUAUUGUAGAAAGUUUUGGACAUUUUGGUUUUGAAGGUCUUAUAUCCAGAAGUACCGGUCAAGUUUUUGUGGACCAAGAAAAUCUUCCAUUGCAGCGAUGCUUAUCAUCCGCGGCGAAACUGGCUAAACAAUAAUAAGACAUUACUAUUCUCAGCUGUGAUUAUCGGAGAACUCUAGAAUGCAUCCGUAUAAUUUUAGUGGGUGACCUAAGUAAGCUGAUUACCACUGUUACUGAUGCUUGUCAAGCAUAAACUUUGAGCAAACAUCUUGCUGUCAUUUGACAAAUGAAGUUACAUAGAGUGCUCGCUGAAGAUGCUUGACUGGCAACUUAUCUGUGCUGUCUCGUACUGAGGCUUACUGUUAGUGAUAUGUCAUAGACAAUAAUAGAGAUGAUUGUAUCACAUACCGUGUUUACAUAUUUAUCAUGUACUCUUAUAACUUA